AGCGUGAGUGUCAGAGAGACCAGACGCAGCAGCUGAACAGAGAGAGAGCAAGAGAGCGAGCCAGCCAGCCAGAGAAUAGCGUAAGAGAGAGAGGUGGAAGACUGCUCUUUCGUUUUCUGCCUGGGUAUUAAAAGACACUGCCUCCACAGCCACCCCACCUACUCCAGUCAUGGCCAGGAAUCUACUGAAGAACCCAGCUGGGGAAGAGCAGAUGGAAUUCUGGGAGCUGACAGAGAAUGGCGGGAGCCAAUGGCAGGUGGAAGAGAUGCCGGGAGACUGUGGCCACGGUUUCGGUGACGAUGGAGUGACCAAAUACUUCAGUACCUCCUUUGAGCUGUGUCUGAAGAGGCAGGUGGUUGACCUACUGGCAGAGGGCUAUGCUCCUGAUGACCUCGAUGCCCAGCCAGCUGUCACUGUGGAAGACUGGUACAGUGGGAGGACAGACAGUGGGUGCACCUACCAGUUGACAGUGUGUCUGUUGGAUGAGAAUGAGGAAAUUCUUCAGGAAUUUAAACCAGAAUCUGUCACCCUGGACCCAGAUUGUGAUGACUGCUCCUGGAAACAGGUGAACCACACUUUCUCUGACUACGGUCCUGGCCUGCGCCUUAUCUCGUUUGAACACGGAGGACAGGACACCAAGUACUGGGACGGCUGGUUUGGAGUCCGAGUCACUGGGAGCUCUGUUAUUGUAGAGGUCUGAGAGACGAAGGCGGCGGCAGUUAUGGAGAGGAGGGGAGAUUAGGAGAGAGGGGAGGGGAGGAGAGAGGGAAAUUGAGACCGGGAGUAAAGCAAUAUGAAAAAGAAGGAGAACAAGAGAAAGGAGGAGUUGAGAGGACCAGUAAUGCCCUGUGCACCAUCCUUACAUAGCAGUGAAUAAAAAUGCAUGCCUAAGAUGCAGUAGUAUCCACUCAAUAGCUGCUUCAGAAACGUAUGGCACGAGCAAGACCUGCAAGCUUGGACCUUUAGUGCUCAAUAACACUGUAGAAACCAUUACAAUAUACAGAUUAAGUAUUCUCCCACUGUAGCUUUAUAAACAAAGUUAUGAAUGAGUUAUAAAUGACUAACACAUAUACUACUAAAUGAGAUGGGGUGAGUGAGGGUCUAACUGCUACCUAUGGACAGAUACACUAUAGGGUUCAGUUUGUCCUGGUGGUCUUAUCAUCAGCUAGGUUUAUUUUCUAGGUUAAGUGGUGUGUAAGGGCUCAUUGCAGAGUGAUCACUGAUCAUACAUACAGAGGUUGUUGUAACCAAUGAAUAGAAUGGUUGUAACAUCUCACAGAUUAGGAUUGUAACGUAUGCAUUCUUUUGAUCAGAACUGUAUCUAAUCCACACUAACCAGGUUCACUUAUCAGGUUCUUCACAAUGCAAAUGAGAGCCGCAUUGACCAAAUAAAAUAAAAACAAUCAAUCAAGGA